UACUAUGACGACACAACACGGAAGAUGUGACUUUGCGCUGUGCUAAAUGAAUGAACGGAAACUUAUUAUUCUUAAGGAUUGAGUCUGAGUCUUUACAAAACUUCAUACGGAUCGUGAACUGAUUUGCAAAGUUUGCCAAUUUUACAAUGGCCGGUUCAAGCUUGGACCCGACAACACUGUGCCUGUUUGAUGUGGACGGGACUUUAACAGCAGCUCGCCAGAAAGCAACUCCAGACAUGCAUCAGUUCUUGACUGAACUGAGACGGCGAGUGAGAGUCGGGGUGGUCGGAGGAUCAGACUUGGACAAAAUUAAAGAGCAGUUGGGUGAUGAUGUGAUGGAUAGAGUGGAUUAUGUAUUUGCUGAGAACGGUUUGGUAGCAUACAGAUUUGGGCAACUGCACUCUGUACAGAAUAUUCAGGCAUACAUGGGAGAGGAGGUUUUACAGGAUUUCAUCAAUUUCUGCCUCAAUUACCUUUCAAAGAUAAAACUGCCCAAAAAAAGAGGCACAUUUAUUGAAUUCCGUAAUGGAAUGCUGAAUGUCUCUCCAAUUGGUCGAAGCUGCAGCCAAGAGGAAAGAAUCGAAUUUUUUGAACUUGAUAAGAAGGAGAAAAUCAGAGAAAAGUUUGUCUCCGUUUUAAAAGAUGAGUUUGCUGGGAAAGGACUUGCUUUCUCCAUUGGUGGGCAGAUCAGCUUUGAUGUGUUUCCAGAAGGCUGGGAUAAGCGCUACUGUCUGGGAAUUGUAGAGAAAGACUCAUACCAGUGCAUCCAUUUCUUUGGAGACAAAACUAUGCCUGGUGGAAAUGAUUAUGAAAUCUUUGUGGACCCCAGAACAAUCGGUCACGAGGUCAAGUCCCCUGAGGACACACAGAGGAUCUGCAAGGAGCUCUUCUUCAAUGCCGUCCAGAAUAAAGCACAGUAGAAGACUACAACGUCCAUGAACUGUGAAAUUAUGAAUAAGAGUCUCACUUGACAUGUCUAAGCCAGUAGUGUUUUUAUAUAUUUCAGUGACUGUACCUCAUGACAGGUACUGGAUAAACUUGUACAUACAGUGCAUCCAUACA